ACAUGCUCACAUGUUCCGUUCACUUCCUUUCCUUCCAGGAGCGUGUUGAAGAUGGCGGAACAAAACGCGAAGCCGAGUGAUCUUUACAAAUGCGUAUAUUCAUUCCUGCUGGAGAACAAGUUCACAAAGGCGGCUCAGCAGUUUCUGAAACAGACUAAAGUGACUCAUCAAGAUCAAAAUGACGAGAGCCUCCUCAACAUCUACGACUUCUGGGUGAAGUCGCCCGAAGCCAGGAAACGAAAGGUGCCUCCUAACAAGGGUAAAGCUGCAAGCGGUCCGUCAGCCAAGAAAGCAAAAACCAGUGCAGAGAGCUCCAGCAGCGAGGAUGAAGAAGCUGUUGCGAAACCAACCAAUGCAGCCCCUGCAGCAGCCAAGGCCGUGCCUGCUAAAGCAGCAGCAGCUAGUAAAGCUAGUAAAGCUAGUAAAGCUGCAUCCAGCAGCAGUGAAGACUCCAGUGACUCUGAAGAGAAGGCUCCUGCAAAGACACCUGCAAAAGCUCCUGUGAAGUCGCCUGCUGCAGUAAGGAAGAAAGACAGCAGCUCUAGCAGUGAAGAAUCCGAUUCUGAGGUUGAGCAGCCCGCCAAACCCUCUACACCGAAACCCAAGGCUGGUUCCGUCACAACACCCAAACCAGCCGUUCCUGCUAAAGUUGCUGCUCAGAAAAAGCCGGCGAGCAGCGAAGAUAGUUCCUCAGAUUCUGAAGAUGAAGAACCAGCCAAGGCUCCAGCCAAACCUGCCCCAGUAAAGACUGCUGCUAAAUCGAGCAGUGAAGACUCUUCAUCUGAAGACGAGGCUCCGCCCAGCAAAAAAACAAAAGCAGGAGCAUACAGUGCAGUCCCACCUCCUGCUUCAGUCCAGAAGGCACCAGCAGCCAGGAAGGCCAAGGACAGCGACUCGUCAGACAGCAGUGACGAGGAAGAAGAGAAAAAAGUAGCCGCAAAACCUGCACCGGCAAAAACCCCGGCUGCCAAAGCGGUGGUGCCCAAACCCGCUGCAAAGAAGCAGGAGUCUGAGAGCUCAGAUUCAAGCUCCGAUGAAGAGGUGGCAAAGAAGCCUCCAGCCAAAGUCACCCUAGCUAAAGCUGUCCCAGCGAAGCCUGCCGCAGCCAAGGCUGCACCUGCUGAAGAGGAAGACUCCUCAAGUUCAGAGGACGAAGAGGAGGUGAAGAAGCCUGCGGCGAAGGUGACUCCUGCUAAAGCUGCUCCAGCUAAACCUGUUGCAGCUAAAGUCACACCGGCUAAAGAAUCCUCCUCAGAAGACGAUUCCAGUUCAGAGGAGGAGACGAUGGCAAAAAAGCCUGCAGCUAAGCCUGCAGCUAAGCCUGCAGCUAAGCCUGCCCCGGCCAAGACUACCCCAGCUAAAAAAGACGAGUCCUCGAGCUCAGAUGGCAGUUCUGAAGAUGAGGCUCCUGUGAAAGCCAAGCCUGUAGCUAAGCCAGCAUCUAAACCAUCUACCCCGGCAUCAAAGCCUGCUACUCCUGCAGCAAAGCCUGCUGCAGCAGAAAGCAGCUCAGACUCUGACUCCUCUUCUGAAGAUGAAGAACCAGCAGUCAAGGCUAAACCUGCUGUAGCUAAACCAGCUACACCGACAUCAAAGGCUGCAAAGCCUGCUACUCCUGCAGCAAAGCCUGCUGCAGCAGAAAGCAGCUCAGACUCUGACUCUUCUGAGGACGAGGAAGAACCAACAGUCAAGGCUAAACCUGCUGUAGCUAAGCCUACAUCAAAGCCUGCUCCUCCUACAUCAAAGCCUGCUACUCCUGCGGCAAAGGCUGCUGCAGCAGCAGAAAGCAGCUCAGACUCUGACUCUUCUGAGGACGAGGAAGAACCAGCAGUCAAGGCUAAACCUGCUGUAGCUAAGCCUACAUCAAAGCCUGCUACUCCUACAUCAAAGCCUGCUACUCCUGCGGCAAAGGCUGCUGCUGCAGCAGCAGAAAGCAGCUCGGACUCUGACUCUUCUGAGGACGAGGAAGAACUAGCAGUCAAGGCUAAACCUGCUGUAGCUAAGCCUACAUCUAAGCCUACAUCAAAGCCUGCUACUCCUGCGGCAAAGGCUGCUGCUGCAGCAGCAGAAAGCAGCUCGGACUCUGACUCUUCUGAGGACGAGGAAGAACCAGCAGUCAAGGCUAAACCUGCUGUAGCUAAGCCUACAUCAAAGCCUGCUAAGCCUACAUCAAAGCCUGCUAAGCCUACAUCAAAGCCUGCUGCUCCUGCGGCAAAGCCUGCUGCAGCAGAAAGCAGCUCAGACUCUGACUCCUCUUCUGAAGAUGAAGCAGCAGUCAAAGCUAAACCUGCAGCUAAACCUGCUACACCGGCAUCAAAGCCUGCUACUCCUGCAGCAAAGCUUGCAGCAGAAAGCAGCUCAGACUCUGACUCCUCUUCUGAAGAUGAAGCAGCAGUCAAAGCUAAGCCUGUAGCAGCUAAACCAGCUACACCUGCAUCAAAGCCUGCUACUCCUGCGGCAAAGCCUGCUGCAGCAGAGAGCAGCUCUGACUCCUCUUCUGAAGAUGAAGCAGCAGUCAAAGCUAAGCCUGCAGCAGCUAAACCAGCUACAUCGGCAUCAAAGCCCGCUACUCCUGCGGCAAAGCCUGCUGCAGCAGAAAGCAGCUCAGACUCUGACUCCUCUGACGAGGAAGAACCAGUGAAAGCCAAGCCAGCAGCUAAAUCUGCUACCCCGGUCACAAAGCCUGCUGCAAAGCCUGCUGCAGCAGCAGAGGGCAGCUCUGACUCUGACAGCUCAGAAUCUGAGAAUGAGGCAGCCAAACCUGCAGUCAAGAAACCAGCAGCAGCAGUGGCCCCUGCUGGCACGCCCAAAGCCACAAAGGCAGCUGCAGCUGCAACCAAGAAGGCUGAGGAUAGCAGCUCGGACAGCUCGGACUCUGAGACGGAGACCAAGUCCACCCCUGCUAAGCCUGCGGUCGCCAACGGAAAGACGGCAACACCCAAGGCAACAACACCAAGGACCCCAAAAAAGCCAGCAGAGUCGUCAUCCAGUGACGGCAGCUCUGACGAGGAAGAAGAGGCCAGCAAAAGUACCGUAAAACCCGCUACACCUGCCGCCACACCCAAGACGACCCCAGCUUCUAAACCUCAGGAGAGCAACAGUUCAUCAGAGGAGGAAGCACCAAAAAAAGCAGCCACAGCACCUAACACCCCUGCAGCAAAAUGUACCAAUGGAAAGAGAAAAAGAGAUGAAGAAUCCUCAGAAGGGGAAGAGGAAGAGACGGAAGUUAAGACGCCGAAAAACAAGAAAAUAACAACUACCCCACAAACGUUUCCUAAAGCCAAUAAGAAGACCUCCAACGUACCAUUCCGUAGAAUAAGAGAAGAAGAAGUAGCGGUGGAUCCCCGUCUGCAGGACAACUCUUUUGAUGCAAAGUACGGAGCCAACGGGGACUGGGGCCAGAAAGCCAACGAUGCGCUCAGGUUCACAAAAGGCAAGUCAUUCCGCCAUGAAAAGACGAAGAAGAAGAGGGGGAGCUACCGCGGCGGAGCCAUCUCCACCACAAUCAACUCCAUUAAGUUUGACAGUGACUAAGGACCGUCUCAGUCUGGACCUGGACUCUACUGUACCUGUGAUCAGGACUAUCCGUUGUCUGCUUCCUCCCUCCCCCCCCAUUGGUUUUGUCUCUGAUCUGAAGCAAGAGAGUGAUCAGUGAUUUCAGACUGUACUGGUAAAGGUUGAUGUCCAUGUGACACUACUACUUAUAGCCACUAGGUGGCUGCAGGCCACCUGUUAAUGGCAACAAUGCCAAUGUGCGUUGGGCCCUUUUUUUUUUUUUUUUUUUUUUUUGUGCCUCUUUUGACUUUGUUAACCUGUACUUUAUUCUCAAAUGCUGAAUGUCUUCUCGUUUCUUUCACAUUUAUCUACGUAUGAAUGACAGCCAUGCAUCCCACCUGGUUCUUUAUUAUGCGGUAACAAAAGGCUAUUUUAAAUGGAUAACAUGUUCUUCAGGUUUGUUUGGUUUGUCAAUUUUUUAUUUGGCCACAUGUGAGUGGAGAGGGUUCUGUGCUCCGUUUUGUUUCCUCUUUACAUUACACCAACAUUUAAAGGAGUAGAACUGAGUUUUAUACUGUGUAUUUAUUACGGUUUAUUCCAUUUCAAUGUUUAGGACCUCGGGUGGUCUUUUCCUCAAGCCAUUUUGCUUUGAAACUAUUGUUUCUUUUGAUAAGAUACCUCUUUCAAGCCCUCCCCAAUCUGUUCAUCAGUGGUAUCAAAUUUAUUCUUCACCAACAUAGUCGAGAGUCUUGUGUUUCAGUUAUUUGAAUGUCCUGUAUGAACUGUUAUAUUUUAUUAAUUGUUGUAGCUGUAAUUAAAACGGAAAAGAUUAAAUGGUGUGGUUGGAAGACUUUU